AUGGCUUUGAGUGAGCAUGAUCUUGACUCCAUUAAAUGGCAAUUUACGAGUGUCUCACUGGAUGAUAUAGCAGACUCACUGGCCAACCCUUCCUCCAGACGUCAAGGGACGAGAAUGCUGAACAAGUGGGAGAUUUGGCAAUGGUUUCAGGAAGACACAGAUUGGCAUAACAAAAAGUGGGAUAAACUUGCUACACAGGACCUGCUCCACGAGAUAUUCUACGACAAUGACAUGGAGCUUAGCACAACUCGAACUAAAGCCGACCGUCAAGCGAUGAUCAGACUCAUUGACGCCAAUAUGGACGAUUUUCCCGAACGUCUCCGGACGAAAUAUGCCAUAGACCAGGAAUACACACUGAAAUGCCUCUGCGACUGUGCGUAUCGGGAUCGGACAUACCGGAGGCAGAAAGCUCGCACUCAGGAACAACAUGCCAAUCUCGAGGAAGAAGCCGCUAGACUUGAUAUAUGGGCCAGUCAAUCCGGGCCAGAUCCAAUAUCGGUCUCUCAGGGGAUCACUGUCUGUCGCGUGAGCCAUGAUGGAACUCAUGGUGACCCUGAGCGAUUCUCGAUUGGUUUAUUCAAUGACCCCUCGGCUAAACUCUAUACCUGGCAGGGAAUCCUAUCCACUCGACUUCUUGAUCUUCGGUACGAUAUCUUUCUAGAGAAGAUGAAAAGGUGUCUAGGAUAUGACCCAAAGCACGAGUAUCUUCUAUGGUUGCGUCGCGAUGAAGAAUUGCAAGCUAACUUUCCUCACAUGGACACAAGUUAUGGCGUGCCGAUGAAAUAUCACAACAUGUGUGAUCACUCGUCAUGGAUUCAUGGACUUGAGGGGAUGGUAAAGAGGCUCCAAACAGACGCGCCUAAUAAACAGGAUAUCGUUGCGGAAACCUCAAACUUUUUCUGGAUCGUCCCUAAGCAAAGGAGCCAGCCGAUGUCUGUCGACGAACCAUGA